AAACUGUUUUCUCCUCCCCCUCAACUUUUUAACGGUUUUUUGUUAUUAACUCUUGCUUUUUUUUCGUUCCUUUUGUGCUUGAUUCCCUUUUUCUUUCCUUUUAAAAUAGUUUGAAAUACGAAUAAAAUGAUUCGGCUACAACGGCUAGUGUAUUAUACGUUAAGUAUAGCCUUUUUUAUGUUCAUUUCAUUGUCUUUAUUACCGUAUUUGAAGACAAGCCAGACUACUACUUCAACCACAGUAGCAUCAUCAUCAUCAGCAGCAGCAGAUAAUCUGUCAGCACAAGAUGCUAAAUCAACUUUAAAUAACCCCAAAUUAAUGUCAAAUGAAGAGCGCUAUCUAUCAUGGUUUCCUCAUAGUGAUUUUCCAGAACAACAAGAAUCAUUUAGGAAUGCACUUCGAUUAGCCUUAGAAACGAAGCGCACCAUUAUUGCACCUAUGUUGAGAAUCAACAAAAUAUAUACUUGGUUACCAUUCGAGGCGUUAGCUAAAAGAUACGAAGCCAUGGAUGCUAAAGAAUUAUGUCAAAGAGGAGAAAAAGACUCUGUCUUUUGGCAAACCGAAUUAGAACCUUGUGAUACAAUCAACGAUUGGAUUGAAGUGCCAUGGUCAACAAUCAUGGAUUUGGAAACAAUUAAACGAGAAUAUGGUAUCAAGAUUAUUGAAAGAACUCAAGGCCAUGGUUGGGGUAUCCAUGAGACAGCUCCUAUUAAAGAAAAGAUUCUACCUGAGGAUGUGGUUGUAGUUGAUGUAAUGUCCUUUAAGGAAAACGGAUCAGACUGGGAACAUGUUGAUCUUGCUCAAGAAGCGCUGAAAGCAGCAAGACAAGGAUCACUCAAUAGAUUUACCAACUGGAUCCAAUCCUAUUUUGCCACCAAAAAUUCUAAAGAUGCUCCAUUAACACAGCCCUUAAAGAAUGUAUUUUAUGCAGACCAAUUGAAUGCUAUUGAUGCAAAGAUUAUUCAGUUUGGUGCUUUAAAUUCAGCAGCACGCUAUGAAACAACUACAAGUGACAUUCAGAAGCAACUGCGAAAGGCGAUGAUGAAAAAUAGAUUUUUAGUGCCUGAUCAAACGAAGCAAUUAACACAACAAGCAGAUAAAAUCGUGAAUGUGUUGGGAGGAAAAUCUCAUUUCAGUACUUUAAUUCUAAACAUGACGAAAAUUGUUGCUAUGGAUGCCAAAGCCGGUGUUUUGAAAAACAUAGAUCCGAACCAAGAGUUACCAACUACAGUAGACGAAUUGUCUGACGAGUCAAAAACAGAAUUGAUGGAGGCAAUCGUGCUUGAACUUUUUGGUGAUAUUCCAAUUAAUCAAGCUGUUUCUGCUGCUAUGCCAAUCAAGUCUUCACGAUUAUCAAAUAUACUCAACUCUAGAGGCAAAAUCGUCACCGAUCCUGUUGAUAGACUGGAAUUAUUAGAGGCCUGUGUUGAGUAUCACAAGAACAUUGAAAAGCGUUAUCCUGUCUAUUAUUUCAUCAACGAUAAGAAAAUUGCAGUUGAAUCAAGACCUGAUAUUUUUGGACCUUUAUUGAAGAUGUUUCCUUGCACAUUUACGCAAAAUGAUAUGAUAAAUUGGGGUUACCAGUCUGACUCUUAUUUGAAUGGAGUACCGCAUUUGAAUGAUCCUAAUGUGGAUUAUGAAAAGCUUUUCCAGCCAUUGUUGAAUAUCCUGAUUGCUCAAAAAGGAUAUUCUUUCUUUGAGCUUCCCACUACACCUCUAACACGUUUUCUUAACUGGACUCCCAAAAACAAAUAAUAAGAGUAUAUAAUAUCCCAUGUAAAAGUUAUCUCGGACGAAAAUAAAAGUAAAAAGACAUUUUAAUAACGGC